AUGCUUGGCUCUGAGCGUUUGAUAAAAAAGCUACGGAGAAUGACAAUCGUGAGAAUGACUUUGUCUGUCGGUAUCUUCUGUGAUGUUUUUUAUAGUUUAUUCUCUUUUAUUCUGAUUUGAUUUUUGAUUACCUAUUGUCAUGUAGUUGUAGAAGUAAACACAAACAAUUUUUUUAGAUUUAAUUUUAUAACUUUGAUAUCUAUACUAAAAUUCAUGAGUACCUAGGUAUAUCUAUUUAUCUAUCUAGUACCUAAUAUGUUUUCGAAGAAAGUCGUAAUAAUUACUGGUGCCAGUUCAGGCAUUGGAGCAAAAACGGCAGAGGAGUUCUCUAGAUUAGAAGCUCUCUUAGUGCUGACUGGCAUAAACAAAGAACAAUUUUCAAAAGUUGCUGAAAAAUGUGAGAAAGUAUCUCCAAAGAAAUUGAAACCUUUGGUCGUAAUAGCUGAUAUGACCAAAACGAAUGAAGUCGACGAUAUAAUAAAAAUGACCCUAGAAAAAUAUAAUAAACUGGACGUCCUAGUUAAUAACGCUGGAAUAUUGGAGUCUGGUACCAUUGAAACUACCACAUUGGCGCAAUUUGAUAGGAUAAUGAAUAUCAACGUUAGAGCUCCGUAUUAUUUGACAAUGUUGGCAGCACCUCACCUUAUUUCUUCGAAAGGAAACAUUGUUAAUGUUUCCAGUGUCUGCGGUCUUCGAUCCUUCCCUAACGUCCUUGCGUAUUGCAUGUCGAAAACUGCAGUAGAUCAGUUCACAAGAUGUGUUGCUCUCGAAUUAGGCGGUAAAGGUGUUCGCGUUAACGCAGUAAAUCCUGGUGUUAUAACUACAGGUUUGCAUUUGAAAGGAGAAAGAGCUAUGACUAAUGAAGAAUACCAAGCGUUUUUGAAGAAAAGUGCGGAAACACACGCCUUACGACGACCUGGUGUUGUCAAAGAAGUUGCUGAUGUUAUAACAUUUUUAUCUAGUGAUGCCGCGAGCAAUAUUACCGGUGCAACCAUUCCUGUUGAUGGAGGACGACAUGCUAUGUGCCCCCGAUAAGAUUUGGAAAAUGUGUUCAAACCUUGAGAUUUUCCAGCCUACCUUAGUACCUAUAUACAAGGUACUUAUACUACUUAAGGUAUAAUAAUAGUAAAC